AUGUGGCGGAAUCUGGCAGAUCUCACCUUGGACUUGGCCAACCGGUCCAAAAAGGUAGUUGGUGCCGGAGGCGAGCUUGAGUGUGUGUGGCUCACGGAUGGUUUGUGCGUGGGAGACGGAAUGUCUGUGGGUGAGAUGGUUCUUGAGUUAACUAUUCAAGAACUGUCUCCACUUUCGAAAUGCACCCAUUUUGAAGCUGGCCUCUUUGCCGACCUGAAGGCGGAAUUCGCAACCGGCGUCUUCGUGGAGGACCUGCUCUCCUCUGAGACGCGGACGACGCUGCUGAAAGUGGACAGCAUCGGCCGAAAUUACACGCUGGAAUGGGUGAGUACUUGCAGAGACUUAAGGGCCUUCCAACCUUUCCUGUUACUGCCCAGCACUGCACACAAUCGUUUUAACAACCACAACUCGAUUUUAUAG